UCACCCACUGGUACUAGUUCUAGACUUCUCCAGCUCACAUUCCCACAUCGAUCCCAAGGCAGCAGCCUCCAGCCAGCUACAGUAGCACCCAACAAUGGCCACGAAUCCAGAUCAGGUGCGGCCGAGCCGAGCAGGAAGGACGACGACGCUCCUGCUGGCGGCGCUGGUGGCGGCUGUGGCGUCGUCUCUGCCGGCUCCGGCGGCGGCCGCCAACUACACGGUGGGCGACGAGAAGGGGUGGAACCCCAAGGUGGACUACACCGCCUGGGUCAAGAAGCACAAGCCCUUCUACAAGGGCGACUGGCUCCUGUUCCAGUACCAGAACGGGCGGUCGGACGUGGUGCAGGUGGACGAGGUGGGCUACGACAACUGCGACAAGGAGAGCGCCAUUAGCAGCCACAGCAAGGGGACGAGCUUCGCGUUCCAGCUCAAGGAGGCCAAGGACUACUUCUUCAUCUGCAGCUACGGCUACUGCUACUCCGGCAUGAAGCUCGCAGUCACCGCCAAGAAGGGCUCCGCUUCUUCUUCAACCUCGCCCUCUUCCCCGUCCUCCGACGAUUCCGAUUCCGACGACUCUGAUUCUUCUUCCGAGAAGUCGCCGGCCGCCAAGAAGUCCUCAUCCAAGUCCGCCGCCGCCGCCUUCCACGCCGCCGCUGCUCCACUCGUCACCGCCGCCGUCGCAGCCUCCGCCGUGCUGCUCAGGAUGCUCUGAUCCAGUUCGCUGAGAUCCGUCCAUUCGCAAGCUCAGAUCUUGAGGCCCUGUUCUUGUCAGAUUCUUCUCUGUUUCGCUAUGUCAUGGUCAUUGUGCGCUUGAUUUCCGCUUUCUUUUUCUUGUUCUCUCCAUUCGAUUGAUUCCAAGAUGGUGUUUUUAUCAUUUUUGGUCCAUGGCUCGUUGUGCUAGUUGAGAUUGUCAAAGAUUAAUUAAAGUGUGGAUUAGUAAUUUGUUGGGAUUGUUUAUCAUUGUGCAUUGUGAUUUGUUGAGCUAGGCUAAACAUGGUGGAGUAAGAUGGAUGCCCGUGUUUUAGGCAAGAAAAGAAAGAAAAAGAUGUGUGACCA